AUGCGUCGAAACAACUGUUGGCUGGCCGUCCUGGCCGUUUCGACGGUGCUGCCUAUUCUACGUCACAGUUCAGCGAGAGAACCGUUCCCGGCCGUUUAUGAGCACCCCGAACACCGGGCGAACCGCAGCAAAGCAGCUUACCCGGCUAAUCAACCCGCCCAUCGCGCGGGAACGAACGACGACGGAACGGUUAGCAUAUUUCGCGACGGUACACCGAAUACUGCCGCAGACCCUGUACCGCGUCCGCCCCGGAACAACCGGCCCGAAUCCAGCAAAAACGGCAAACCGACCGACUCGGUAGCAAUCCCCUGGCGACGGUCCAACCGACAUGCAAAUCCUGUCGACGCUAUCUACGCCGAAGCAAAAAACAAUCGUAGACGGCCGCCCGCGGAGGAAGCUAAGCUUGUGAAUGGAGACGCCGUGGGAGGGUCCGAGGACGAUGCAGCUUCCGUAGACGGAUCCAACAUCGCGAACGGAUCGUCUGUAGAACAGGAUGGAUUUAAUGGAUCUCCCGCGGAGGAAGGGAAGUUGAGUGGAGUUUCUGGUGAAAAAUACAAGAUUAACAGUGGAGCCUCUGGAAGAAAGUUUGGAUCUUCCGGCGAGGAGUCGAUCGAUGCAGCCUCUGUAGGAAAUUCGAGAUUCAGAGGUAGACUCUCUAUAGGGGAAGCUAAACUCGGACGUGUUGUGGAAGAAUCUGUAUUAAAUGCAUCCUCUGUAGAAGAUUCGAAAUUCGAAGAUGGAAUCUUUACAGAAGAAGCUAAACUCGAUGGACUUUCUACAGAAGAAUCUUUCAAUGGAUCCUCUGUAGAAGAUUCUAAACUCGAAGAUAGAAUCUUUACAGAAGAAGCUAAACUCGAUGGACUGUCUGCAGAAGAAUCAACAUUCAACGGAUCCUCAGUAGAAGAUUCCAAAUUCGAAGAUAGACUCUCUAUAGAAGAAGCUAAACUCGAUGGAGCUUCUGCAGCAGAAAAGUUCGAUGGCUCCUCUGUGGACAGUUCCAAGUUCAAAGACGGAGUAUCGACGGAAGAAUCUGAGGUUAAGAAACUUGUUACGAACAGAUCGAAGCUCAAUGGGCUGUCUGCGGAGGAAUACAAGCUGCGCGGGCUCUCUCAGGAGAAGCCAACUGCCAAAGUAGCAAUUUCCAAAGAACGAUACAAAGGAGAAAGUCCGUUUAAGCAUGCGUACGAGAAACUAAGAGGCGACCUUAGACCUUCGAUAGAGGCCAGUGGAUCUAAUAACUCUCGAUCGCUGGAGGAUUCUCGGAGACAGAUGCCGGCUGGGAAGCAAGUUUCAGGCGAGCAACGUUUAUCGUCGUGGAUUUCCCGCGGCGCGAUGAAGAUCUCGCCCGGGAGGAGCGACGACGUGACGCGUGGGGACUCCGGGAUCGCUGGGGCGACGGUGCGAAGCAGUAAAAGAGGAACCGGCCGGGGAAGGGAGCGAAGGAGUUCGCAGAAGAAUCUGGCGUACCGGGGCCAUCGAUAUUUCAGUCACGUCGACGGCAGUCUCCGCGAUGAUGACUCGGUGACGAGGUACCUAGGCGAAGCUGGAACGAGAGCCAGCUCGGAGGAUCGAGCGAUAGAGUCGGGAAAAUUUGAUGUGGCUGAUAGAGAGCGUAAAAACACUGUGUUCCCUGAAAUCUCGAGGAGCCCCCAUAUUGGAGAGCGUUACGCGGGGCUCAACAAAAUUGAUGAUGUCCACGGAGAGCAAGAAGUGGAUGAGUACCAAUUAACUGCAGGCGCAUCAGCAAAAAGGAAUAUUGGAAGUUCGGAUGAACCGAGGAGGGAGAAUGGUUUUUAUUCGAUCGACAGGGACACUUUCGGUAAAAUCGACGGCGCGAGAGAGAGCGCCGCGCUGCCGAUAGUGGAGACCUUUCGCGUCGGAGAGAGAUCCGUGUCGAAACUCGGUGAUUACGGAGAGCAAACAACACGUCGGUUGAUACAAGAAGUGGAUGGUGAGUCGUCGGAAAAACCAACAAGCAAGAUCAACGGAGAACAGCGUCGCCUGUUCCCGAACUUCCUAAGGUCGAGACUCAGCCAGCAGGAUAAAACGCUGUACAAUCUGAUUAACGGCAAGCGCAGGCACCGCAGACACAUUAAAAUCACGGAUGAACGGUACCCAUUAACUUCCAGCCCGCCGAGCGCACGCGAAACUCGCGUAAACUUCGCCGGAUCCGGCUCGCAGUUCCACUCGGCGGCCGCUGAGCGCGUCUCCCGGGGGGUUGGGAACGGGGAUCCGGGACAUUCGGGUUCUUGGCAGGUGCGGUGUCGCGUCCCGGCGUCUUGCGAAUCGACGGGGACAGCGACAGAUGCUGCACGUGUGCGCGAUGUCUCGUCGAAGCGGAGAUUAAAGGCGAAGAACGAGGAUCUUGUAGACAAUAAGAGUCCCCGUUCGACUGAUCGGACUCCAAGCGCUAUCGGCAAUGCUCGUUCGAUGUCCAAUGGACCGGAAGAAGCUCCUUCGAUCUUAAGAAACGGGAAACUCGAUGGUACCAGCGACACGUUCGACUCUGAUGCACUUGGCGGAGGACGUGAGCUGCUGGAUGAUGAAGGUAGCGCAUCCUCUAACAAGUCUGAUGACUCUUAUGCGGGUUUUAACACAUCGGAGGAUUCUAAGGUGAACGCUGAGUUUGGGGGACAGAAGGCUGUCAAGGAUGUGGAAUUAAAGGUAAUGGCCGGGGAUGCAGCAGUGAAAGAUCAAUCUGGAAGUGUAGGUGCUAACGAGGGUUUAAGGGUUGCGGAAGCAGUGGGCGGCGCAGGAAAUCUGGGGUGCGCCGAGGGAGAUAGCGGGAUAGAUUGCGAGGAUAAAAAUGUGAAGCUGAGUGGACUGAACGAUGAAGAUAAGGGCAAUCGGGAGGCUUCAACGGAUAGAUCCAAUUAUGUUGUCAAUGAGAAUGGCGGGGUGGAUGAUGGCGAUGGGGGCGGGAGGGAGGAUGAGGAAUGGCGAUGUUUGAGAGGAGAUUGUGCAUCUGGCGCGGUGGAAAAUUUAAAGGUGGGCGGCGGGGAUGAUCGAAGAAUAAUUGGGAGAUCUAGUUAUUCUUCGAGUUACGACAUGAACGGAGAUCUCGAGGCUAAUGGAUUGGCGAGGAGUGGUGAAAAAUUCGGGCAGUUGGUUGAACAUUACCAGGACGAUUUUAUGGGAAGUAAUGAUACCAGUAAUGAACGACGUGAGUUAGAAAGGGAUGGCGAUGUGUCGAACGAUAAGUCCAAUUAUUCGAUGAAUUAUAAUCGGGAGAAAAACGAAAGCAGACAUUCUGCUGGGGUACACCGGGAAGAUUAUGAAAAUUAUAAUUUAAUAUUGAACGGAGAAAGCAAUGACGAUAAGAGAAGUGUGUCGAAUAAUGUAUCCAACUAUUCCAUAAGUUCUAAUAUUGAACAUUAUACGGGCAACAAUGCAACAAUUGAUGUACCAUUAAGUGAUCAAGCUAUUACGGACCAGAGUAAUCUAACAAUGUUAAAUAAAGAAUCCACCUCGGCUAUAAAUCACAGUGAAAAGGAAACUUCAGCGGGUAAAAACGAGGAACAUGAAAAUAUCCAUAAGAAAGGGUUCAUCGGCAGCAAUAUCGCGAACAAUAGAAAAUUAAGCGAGCAAAGUGAUCGAACGGAUAAUCGAAGCGGACCGAACGAAGAAUCCCCUUAUUUCCCGAGCGACAAUACAAAUAAAGAUCCCGAAGAUAAAGGACCCGCACAGAUGAGCGAAGAACAGAGCCGGCUAGACAAAGAUGAUUCGAGAGACUCGAGCGCUGCCUCGUCGAUAAAAGGAUCGACGGACGAAACCUCCCAGCAAAUCCUCCAAUAA